AUGUUUUCUACCACGACUUGUGCUUUGAAAGUGGACACAAACUGUGAAGGAUGGUCUGAGAUUAUAAGCAAAAUACUCGACGAAAUCAAAGAUCUAAGCUACAACUUCAAUACAAAAGAAGGGGUGAUAUAUAUUUCUGGCAGGAUGGAUUCACCUAAAAUUAUGAAGAUGAUAACCAAGAAUGGAAAUACAGUGAAGCUUCACUGGAUGAAGAGUGUGAAACAAUAUCCACCUAUGCAUAUGCCUAUGUAUGGUGCAGGUUAUCCACCAUAUCGAAGAGGAUUCUACCCUCCUCCUCCUUAUCCUACUCCAAUGCCGUAUUAUCAGCAUCAGUACAAUAACUAUGAUCCCAUGUAUGGCCCUCAGCGAUAUGGCUAUCAUCCUCGAUUACCUUAUUAUUACUAG